UCGAUGGACGCAACAUACCCGAGAAAACGACUGUACGGAUUCUAGGGAUGUGGCUCCAAUCCAAUCACAGAUGUCAACAUGCCCUCGCCCUCCUCAAAACAACGGCCCAACAAAUCGCCCGAAUGAUAGCGCGAGUCACAAGCAGAAGAAGGGGCAUGAAGGAGGGAGACACACUCCGCCUAGUAAGGAGCCUAGUAGUCAGCAGGGUAACAUACAGUCUACCCUACUACAACCUAACUAAAGCGGAGAAGGAAAAAGCAGAUGUAAUCAUAAAAAUGGCGUACAAAACUGCCCUACGCCUACCAAAGAACACUCCAAAUGAGAAACUUCUGGCCCUAGGACUUCAUAACACCUUUGAAGAACUAGCCGAAGCUCAACUCAUCUCGCAGAAAAACCGGCUCCUCCAAACACCCACAGGCAGGAGCGUGCUUGAGAGACUUGGUUACAAUGCCCAACUCCAAGCCCACAAACAAACACAAGAAAUACCGCGCACCAUCAGAAGCUGGUACCAGGUAACCCCGCUUCCCAAAAACAUGGACCCGAACCUCCACCCCGGCAGGAGGCAGGCAAGGGCCCAAUACAUCGAAAGGAAAUUCGGCUUCAUGAAUGCAGCACGAUUUACCGACGCCGCACUCUACACAGGCAACGCUAAGAAAGCAGUAGCAGUGGUGACUGACUGCAGAGGAACAAUAACCUCCAGCGGGUCGAUAUCCCCCAGCUCCAUCACGGAAGCGGAGGAAGUCGCCAUCGCACUCGCUAUCCAAGAGGGAAGGAAAUCAAUGAAAUCGCUGACAAUCCUAACAGAUUCGCAAACAGCAUGCAGGAAUUUCCAAAGAGGAAGGGUUGGUACGAACUCACACCGAAUUCUCACCAAACUCAAAGAAGAAUGCCAAAAAGAAUUUAUCCAAACGAUUACAUGGGUACCGGGACACGAAGGGAUCACAGGGAAUCUACAUGCGGAUAGAGCAGCCCGAGGAUACGCUAACUACCGGGCCCUCAACACAUCCGCUGUACAGGAGCUAACGCCCAUCGAUCCCGAUUACUCGACUAUAUUAAACUACUAUAGAGGGAAUCGUAUGCUCUACCCACCGCCCCACAGAAAACUAAAGACUGAAGAGGCCACCGAUCUGCGUAGGCUACAGACAGGCACCUUCGUCAGCUUACAUAAACUACACAAGAUACACCCCUCAGCCUUUAGAGACAUGUGCCCAUGGUGCGGGUCAACACCAACCCUGUACCACAUAACAUGGGAGUGUACAUCACACAACAUCGAACCACACAUACCAAAUCCAAAUAGAGAUCAGUGGGAGGCACUGCUGGCCAGCUCAGACCUAGAGGACCAGAUCCUCCUGGUCAGAAGAGCUAACAGGCUUGCGGAAGCC